CCUCUCUGUCUCUCUCACUUUCUUUCUCAGACUAACCUAUCAUUGCUCUGUCAGAGGAAGGAGAAAUUUGUUAACUAAUCUCUGAUGUUAUCAGACUGUGGUUACAAAGGAGUAAAUAGAUGAGACCUUCAGGAUGGUGCCUACUGAGUGUUGUCUGCUUGUUACAUUUCUGUCUAUUUGCGGCUGGUGUACAACUUAUACCUGAGAAGUUCAGAAAUCGUCCCCAAUGUCUCGGUAACAGCAGUCUGUGCCCAAGUAACGCAUUCUGUGAGAAUAGCCAAUGGGGUGACUUCUGCAUUUGUAAUGAUGGAUACUACAACUACAAGGACAGCCACGUAGUCACAUAUCCCGGGGGAAGCUGUUUAGAUGAUUCUUUAUUUAAGUGUAAAGAUGCUUCAGAUUGCCCUGCAGGUUCGGAUUGCAAUAAGAAGUGUGUCUGUAGGAAAGGCUCUGUAUCUAACCUCGGGUCAGAAUAUGUCAUGAAAAAUGGAACUUGUAAAGAUGCCGAUGAAUGUCUUUAUCAAAGCACAUGUCCUUAUCCUGCUAUUUGCAUUAAUACCGUGGGAAGCUUUAUCUGCGAAUGCCCUAGGGAAUAUACAAACUCAUACAGAAUGCACAACAGCAAGAAUGUGACAGUAUGCGUAGAUAUAGAUGAAUGCGCACAAUCCCCUCCCCGCUGCCCGGAUCCAGCUACAUGCGUGAACACUGUAGGGAACUUCUCCUGUAUCUGUCCUAUGGGGUUUCAGUCGUCCAUUUGUGCUAGUACAGCAUAUACAUAUCCAACAACAUCCCCUGUUAUAGAUGAAUGCAUAUUAGCGCCUCCUCUCUGCAUCCCUCCCGCUGUGUGUACCAAUACUGCAGGUAACAUCUCCUGCACCUGCCCAAGAGGGUACACUAAAAGUUUUGAUGGAUAUUUAAAUCAGACAACGUGCACUGAUAUAGAUGAAUGCUCCAGCUCACCGUCCCCCUGCAUCCCUCCUGCCACUUGCAGUAAUACUGUCGGCAGCUUCUUCUGUAACUGCUCAGAGGGGUAUACAUUGUCCAAUAGCUCUGGUGGCUCCGUGAAUCACACAACGUGCACUGAUAUAGAUGAAUGCUUCAGCUCACCGUCCCCCUGCAUCCCUCCUGCCACUUGCAGUAAUACUGUCGGCAGCUUCUUCUGUAACUGCUCAGAGGGGUAUACAUUGUCCAAUAGCUCUGGUGGCUCCAUGAAUCACACAACAUGCACUGAUAUAAACGAGUGCUUCAUCUCACCACCACCCUGCAUCCCCCCUGCGACCUGCAGUAAUAUUGCAGGCAGCUUCUUCUGUUACUGCCCAGUGGGGUAUACAUUGUCCAUUAGCUCUGGUGGCUACAUGAAUCAGACAACCUGCACAGAUAUAGAUGAGUGCUCCCUCUCACCGUCCCCCUGCAUCCCCCCUGCAACCUGCAGUAAUAUUGAAGGCAGCUUCAUCUGUAACUGCCCAGAGGGGUAUACAAUGUCCAUUAGCUCUGCUGGCUCCAGGAAUCUGACAACCUGCACUGACAGAUGUAAAUUGGAUUCCAAAGAGAACGAAGAGCUAGAGAAAUGUAGAACACAAAACUUAAAGAACCCAUUUUGCUUACAUCUGAAUUCAGUUUUAAAGCUUUGGAAUUCAUCCUGCCAAGGAAAUCAGACAGAGUUUAUCAGUCUGCAGAAUCUAACAGAGAAUGUCUCCAAUAUCCUCAGGGAUUCCUCCUCUUUGUCCAACAUAAGCUCUUCUGAACUCAGGGUAGUUGUUAACUCUUUGUUGAACAGUGUGGAAUCUUCUGCGCUAACAUCUUUCAUACAAACUCCUCGGGAUGAGAAAUUCAAAACCGCAGAACUUGAGGUUCAGACAAAGGUAUCCAGGAACAGCUGCAUACCUGAAACUAACUUCAUGCAUUUGACCGUUGGCAACAGUACUAUGAACGUGUCAUGCCUUUUUUUGCCCAAUCAUACAGAUGGUGCCAUCUUUAUCUCAUACACAAACUUAGGAUCCCAUUUUAGUACAAAUAACCUUCAGAAUCAAAGUAACAUUGGUGAGUUUGAUGCUAAAGUGAUGAACUCACACGUGGUGACUGGAACCAUCACAAGCCAAAACAAGAUUAAUAUGAAUCCCCCAGUAACGUUCUACUUACAACACAUACAGGAACCUGAUCCCACUCUCACCCCUUUGUGUGUCUUCUGGGACCCUGACUUGCGUGCGUGGUCUCUCGAUGGUUGUGAAGUGGGAAAGACCAAUGUCAGCCACACUCUGUGCACCUGCUCCCACCUCUCAAGCUUUGCCAUUAUCUUGGCACACAGACCAAUCAAGGAAGAUUAUGGUUUGAUUCUGCUGUCUCACAUUGGCCUGAGCAUAUCUCUCGUCUGCCUGCUCCUGUCUAUCCUCACGUUCCUCCUGUGCCGUUCCAUACGAAGCGCACACACCUCCAUUCUGACUGUAUUGUGCGGGUGUCUUUUUCUGGGACAGCUUCUUAUUCUUGUAGGUCUGAAGCAAACCUCAAAUAAGAUUCUUUGUUCAGUGAUUGCCGGCAGCCUUCACUUCCUACUUCUCUGUGCUUUUUGCUGGAUGUCUCUCGAGAGUAUUCUCCUCUUCUUGACCGUUCGGAACCUGCGUGCUGUGAAUUAUAUGACAUCUCAACGAUCUCAUUUCCCUUAUGUCUGUAUGCUUGGAUUUGGGGUACCUGUUAUCAUUGUCUCUAUCUCUGUUGGAAUGCGAUGGAAGGAAUACGGAACUGAUGAACAUUGCUGGCUAAGUCUGAAUGCUAUUUGGAGUUUCCUAGGGCCGGUCUGUGUGUUCAUAUCAAUGAACACCAUUCUCUUAAUCCUUACAUUCUUACUCCUGCGGGCGAAGCUUGCAUCUCUGAAUACAAAUGUUUCAACCCUUAAGGACACUCGGUUGUUAACAUUUAAGGCCUUUGCGCAACUGUUUAUCCUGGGCAGUGCUUGGAUCUUUGGAUUUUUCCAGAUUGGAAGAGCAUCCUUGAUUUUCUCUUACCUCUUCACGGGCCUCAACAGCUUGCAGGGAGCAUUCAUCUUCCUUGUGCAUUGUCUGCUCAACCGCCAGGUGAGGGAGGAAUACCGCAGAACUUUCCACAGACUUCAUAAGCACAAGGUCACUUCAGAUGGUGCAUCAAGCAGCACGUUUCCCAUGACGACUAAAUCUAGUGGUGUAACUGAAACAUCUAAGGCAGACAUUAUUUCAAGUCACCCUACAGAGGAGAAGUAUUCGGCCACAGUUCAGUGGACUUAAGGCUAUUUGGAAAACAUAAACUAAUUCAUUCAUGGAAUAUUUGGACUCAACCUUGUAAAUUGUAUCAAUAAUAUAGCACACACACAUAUAUACAUACACAUGCACACACGCAUAUAUACACAUGCACACAUGCAGGGCCGCCAUCAGGGGGUGACAGGGAUGACUCCUGUCAGAGGCCCAAUGGACCAGGGGGGCCCCAUGAGGCAAGAACAACUUAUUUUUAAAAAAAACAAUUGACAGCCACCAGAGGGUACUACAGCAGAGUGUUAUUGAGUGUGGGAAAUUUUAUUACAAGGAGUAAAGCAUUAGCAUUUGAGAGGAUUUCUGAGUGUGCACUAAACCACUAUGCACAGUGUAAGACAAACUUGGCACUUAAGUUUGUACAGUGUGUACCUGAGUCAGACGGCAGAUCACUUUCAUUUGCAGAGGAGGUAGGACUUACUUAGUAAAUGUUUUUUAUUUAUUUGUGCAAUUUCGGAUUGUAACUUCAGUGUGGUAGUAGUUGUAUGGUGGGGCCAGGGGUCCAUAAAAACCCUUUUUUUU